AUGAGAAGAGUGAGGAAAGAUCAAAAAUUUACCAUAGAUGAAAAUUAUAGCAGCAUAAAAACUUCUUUAACAUCAAUUUUAAUACUUACUAAUUUUGUUGGUGGAAUUUAUUCGACAGUUGUGCCAUCAGCAUUUCCUCAGCAAAAUCAUGAUCAAACAGUUGGAGAGAACAUGGAGAUGAUUGGUGAAAUCGAGGCAGACUUCCAAUUUACCGAUUGUGAUCAUCUAUUUGAUGCUUCUCUUCGCCAGGGUCAUUUCUCACUCCCAAUUUUUCCAAAGGAGGCAAUCACUGAUUUUAAGGCGCCUGAUAUUAACGAUGAUAUUGAAAACGAAGAAAGUGAUAUAAUGGAACAAGACAAUGAUAAUAAAAUCACUAGGUCUCCAUUUGUAACAAUCUCAAUUGAUGACAGCAACGAGAUCGAAGAUAAUGAACGUGCUGUUCACUAUCAGUCGUUGCCAGACGACAUUCAAUGUAUUUACACGUUUAUGGCGAAGCCAAGAGAACGUGUGAGGCUUCAAUUCACUUCUUUUCAAUUAGCGGGUACUGCGAAUCAUUGUGAAUCAGAAUAUGUGGAUGUCUACUCAGAAUUGGAAGACCCUACAGAGGACCUGCUUUCUGCGAAUUUAGAUGCUCGGUACUGUGGAACGGUUGCACCAAAUGUUCGAAUAAGUUUGCACCAAGUUCUUGUUCUUGUACUUCAUUCUCGUAUUGGUCGUCGUCGAGGUGAUCCUUUUGUUCUCGCUGGCACUUUUGAAUUCAUUCCUGAAGCUCAAUUCGUACCUGGCAUUCCAUUUGGUCCAUCCGAUGGAAAAGGAUGUGCUUUUCUUAUUGAGUCAUCAAAUAGAAAUCAAGGCACAAUUCUGUCUCCUACAUAUCCGGGUGCUUAUCCAAGCAAUUUUCAUUGCGUUUAUUUAUUGAGGGGGAAACAAGGAGAACGAAUCCGUCUUUAUUUUAAGGAUUUUGAUGUUUACUUUGGCGGCGAACAUUGUCCUUAUGACUCGUUGACCAUAUAUGACGGUGAUACAAACUCUGAACCUAUCCUACGAAAGCUAUGCGGCCUUCAACAACGUUUAGAACUUUUUUCAUUUGGCACGACAUUGUUGCUCGAAUUUAAUACUACAGAACCGCCAAAAAAUGACAUGAGAGGCUUUGCAAUUGAUUACGAAUUCUCUACUCGUUUUGUGGAUAUUGUUCGGCUUAUUGGCCCGCAGAGGAGAAUUUCACAUAUUAGAGGAUCGGAAUGUGACAUUAGGUUUCCGGAAAUGUUUCCAUUAAAUACAACAUGCACAUAUGUACUUGACGGUCUUCAAAGCGAUCAGAAUCUUGAAAAAGUGUUACUCCAUUUUGAAGCUGUUGCUAUGUCACCCUCCUCCAUUGAAAAUAUAUUGCCUUUGUCUAGUGCCCUCGCACCUAAUACCUCUAAAUCAAUGGAACAUUCUCCUUCAGGGAAUGACGAUUGCAACAAUGGUGCAUUUGUUGGUAUUGCCACAACUGCAGCAUCAAUCAAGUCAGCAUUAACCAACAGUGAGGAAAGUUCAUACGAUGCUAUUCUAUGUGAUACACUUUCGCAGGGGAACAAUCCAUCUUUCGUUAGUCAAGGACCACGCAUUGUUUUAGUUUUUAGCUCAAUGGAACAAUCUCACGAUACUUCAAAUAAAUCAUCAACGAAUCCACGUGGAUUUAGGUAUUUUGUUUCUGAAAUUAAAAUUUCCUCAUCUUCAGAGCUCGAGUGGAAUUUAAAACUGGUAAAUUUUGGUAUUGCUGGAGAAAGUAUUGGUGGAUCUAAUCGAUGUGCUUUUCGCUUUCACGAUCCCACUGGAUCAUUCAAUAGUCCACGAUAUCCAGCUAACUACCCGUUAGAUACUGAAUGCACCUAUCACAUUGUUCAUGCAAGUACUCAACAACACAUCGCAGGGAUAUCUGACAAACAAAUUUUGCUGCAUUUCAAGCAAUUCGCCUUAUUUGAGGACAAAGAAUGCAAUGACUGGCUAAAAAUUUUUGAUGUGUUUUACGAAUCAGAUGGCUCAGAAACACUUCGACUUCAGGCACAGCAUUGUUGGAAUGUAUUCCCUGGACCAACAAUUUCAUCUUUUGGAGCACACGAAAUGCGUGUUGUUUUUCAUUCUGAUGGGUUUGGAACGGCUAAUGGAUUCGAUGCACAUUAUGAAAUUCGUGAUGCUUUUGAAGAAGAGGUCCCUCAUCGUAAGGAUAAACGCCAUUGUGGUGAAUUAAUCCAAGCAAAUGAAGAGUUGACUACUGGACAUUUUGAAUCUCCCGGCUAUCCAGUUAAAUAUGGUACAAAUAAACAAUGUGAUUGGGAAAUACGCGUUAGAUCAGGCCAUCAGGUAUUACUUCGCCCUAAUGCUUUCAAUAUUGAGGGACAGAUGACAGACGAGAAAAUUGACUGUAUGAGUGCUGUAUUUCGUGUCCAUCUGGAUAUGCAAAAUCGUAGCAGGGAUUUGCAACUUUGUGGAGAAAACAUUCAAAUGAUUCCCCCGUUUUCUAACUUCCCCUGACAAAGUAAAUGGCCUUCAAGGAUUUAAUUUUUCAUGGACAGAAGUUCGUCGCGUUCAAAGUGAUAGCGAAUGUACAGGAGAACAAUUCUAUUUAUGUUCUUAUUCACGUUUAUGCAUUGAUGCCCAGUUACGUUGCAAUGGUGAAGAUAAUUGUGGCGAGAAUGAUGAUAGUGACGAAGCACAUUGUAAGUUAUUUUUAAAUUAUAAUAUUUUUGAUGUGAGCUUACUAAUACUUGUAACUUUGUGUUUUCGGUACUUUCGGUGGUUAUGAAGGCUGGAGACAAAAUGCUGCCACUAAUUUUCCAGUUGAUAUGCACCUUUUCAUCCCUACAAUAUUAUGC